AUGAAGGAGAAACGCGCUCUUGUUAGUAGUGGAUCGAAUACUAUGUGGGAACUAGUGCAUGUCGAUAAAACUGGAUCAGAUAAUGGAGUGUGUGCGAAGUUACUGAACGUCCGGCGUUUGACCAUCGGGCGUGUGGAAGCAGACAUUUGUAUCUCUGACAAGUCUGUUAGCCGGAGACAUGCAGUGUUGGAGGUCCUUCCCAGCGGUAACGAUUUUCGGUUCCUGCUAACAGACCUAUCCCGAUUCGGAACCAGUGUCAACGGUGCUGCACUCACAGACCGUCAACUUGAAUUGCACUCUGGGGACAAAAUAACUUUUGGGGCACAACCAGGGAUCGCAUUAGUUCUACGGCAGCAAGCCUUCAAUGUAGCUGUGUCUUCGAUGGACCGAAUCACCAAACAGACUGUGAAGUCUCUUGUGGCCCAAUUACGCGGACACCUAAUGAACUCUCUGGAGGAAUGCUCCUUCUUGAUUAUGCCAUGUUUAGUUGUCACGGCUAAAGUUGUUUGCGCCUUACUGAAGCUUGUACCCAUUGUAACGCCUGCUUACUUGGAAGCAUACUUAAACGCGGCCAGUUCGAUUCCAUUUUGUCAACCGAAUCCGGACAAUUAUCUCCCUCCACUGAAAGAAGCGCGUUUAUCCGCAGAGGAUGGGUUCCGGUUCAUGCCUGAUCCACGAAGAAAAACGCUUCUGCAACAGAAAGUGUUUUACGUUCUCACGGAAGUACAGCUUUCUCACCUGUCCCAAAUUGUCCACCUGGGCCAAGGUAAACUUUGCCUGUUCGACUCACCCCAGCGAUGCUGUGAACAUCAUGAAGCACAAUUUGGCGUUUCCUCGUCCGACAUAGCCUCGUGCCUGGACCGGAUUAUACGGCACCCUUCUGCUUGCGUAAUCCAUGCACAGCGAGUUCCGGCGGAAGUAAACGCAUGGCAGCGUACUGUAUACUCAGCGCUACGAAGGGCUAGGCGUCGGCCUAUUUUGGAAUCAGAACUCGGAUUUGCGGUUGUGUACUCAUCUACGAGCGGUUACUGUAAUCCAGAAACUAAGUGUCCUGAAAAGCUGUAUCAGGAAGCCGGCAUUUCUCAAGCCUUCUCGAUCAAUCCAUUUCACAUGGACUCACAGCCAACAAAUAAACGUGUUCUUGAAGAGCGCACAGACAAUGUACCUGUUGUGUCACCACCGUUGAAACGACCUAGAGAACUGAGUGUUGUGGUUUGCCCUGUGGCGGAGUCGUCGAGUCCAACGCAAUUAUGCAAGACGUCAACCAAGCGAAUUCGUCGAUGCACAAAACUUAUUCCGCCUGUCAGGAAAGUCACUCCACCUGCGGAAAAAAUAUGUUUGGUUCCCGAUUCUGAAUCUUCUCCAAAGACACGUUUGAGUGAGCGGAAGUCCUUGUCUGUAUCUUCAGAUAGCACAUGCUUGGCUCAAGAUCAACCAGACGGCUCCUUUCGAAGCAUGGCUCCAGGCAUUUCUACCAAAGACAAAAUCCCGUCAUCACCACUUGUGACUUGUUUUGUUCCGUUGGAAUUCAGUCCUCCAGACAAUCGUUUCAGUUUGCCCGCUCCGUUGUCACCAGAUGAGGAAGAUGCUCUUUCCGCGCUCAAUCGAAUGUCAUCACUGGUGAAUUUACGCGGUAGUUCAUCCGAAGCACCGGUGAGGCAGCAUCGCGCGAGUCCUGUUCCGUCUCAAGAUGCCCAUUUUGUGGACGUAGAUGCAUCACAGCGGCAGUCGUGCUCUGAGUCACUGGGAAACCUUGAUACCUUUGCGUUGCUUUCUCCUUCAUUAAAUGAUGCACCGUCGCAUUUGAAAUUGUCACAAAGAUUGCUAUCGACAGAAGCUACUCCUUUGCAAGACUCAUACACGACAGAUUCUGCUGGAUGGCUUGCGAAAAAAGCAAGUUUUGUUCCAGAUAUCAAUGUGACCGACCCUAACUCGGUACCAAGGCUUAACGUUCCAGUCGAAAGACGCGACUUAAUUGUCAGUACUCCGGCGCAACUAACCAGAUCUUGUGUCAAUUGGACAGGUACAAAUUUCAAGGUUUUCAAAAAGGUUUGGCCACUCCAUAUGCAAGGAAACCCAGAGACGACCCACUCGGAAUAUACGAGGCGCACAAACACUCUGGUCGCGUUGAGUGUAUAUCAACCUAAUUUAACGCAACUUAUGGAAGACUAUAUCCCAAGUGGAGCUUCACAGGCACGUCAACUGUCGGAACAAGAGGAACGUGAGCGUGUGAAUCGACUUUUUGAGCAAAUGUGCCAGCUUCCGAAGGGCCGAAUGUAAUCGAACAUUUUAUCGCACCGCUGAUCAAUGUGUGAAAAAACCGAUUUUCUGCGAAAUGAGUGAUUUUCAAAAUAAAUGUUAUACAUUAACC